ACAGCGGGCGGUGCUAGUAGAUGAGGCGGCGGCGGCAGCACGGGCUCUCCAUGAGCAAGCGGCGGCGACGACGGGUGCGGCGGCACCGGCGGUUUUCGGUCCCCGGGGAGGAUGAAGACACUGUUUGAAGAGAUCAAAGCAUCAAUUAAAAAUAACUAUAACCAAGAUCGCUCAUUUUGGAGGCCUGUUCUUCCUUGGGGAGGUGUUUUUACUAUCAAAGCUGGCCGCAAAGCAGUAUCCUGUACGCCACUUUAUGUUGAAAUAAGACUGAAAAAUACCUGCACCAUAGAUGGAUUCUUGAUGUUACUAUAUGUCAUUCUUAAUGAAAAUGAAAAUUUCCCCAGGGAGCUCUCUCUUCAUUUAGGUAGAGAGUUUGUAGACUGUUUCCUUUACUUAAUGGACACCUACAGUUUCACAACUGUGAAGCUACUUUGGAUUUGGGACAAGAUGGAAAAACAGCAAUACAAAUCUGAAGUUCAUAAAGCUUCAUUAAUAAUUGAUUUAUUUGGUAAUGAGCAUGAUAAUUUUACAAAAAAUCUUGAAAAUCUCAUGUCUACCAUACAAGAGAGUUACUGUUCCAACUGGCGAUGCCCAACUCGAGUACAGGAAGAUCAACAACGCACGAUUAAUAUAAAUCCUCCCCAAGAAAUUCCUCAUGGAAACUUGAUACGACUGGCUGUGGAUGAGUUAUUCUGUUCCAGGAUUGAACUGUGUGAAGAGAGUGGAUGUGGUGGCUUAAGAGAAUUUUCCCAGCGAGUUUUCUGCCAUGGGGCACCCCCUUUUGUUGUCUUAAAUAUGCAGCAUUGGAAAUCUGAAGAUCUAGCAUAUGUACCAUAUUACUUGGAUUUAUCUGAUCACAAGUAUUUGUUGGAAGGUGCCACAUUAUUUAACAAAGAGGAACAUCAUUAUUCUGCAGCUUUCCAGAUUGAUGGACAUUGGAUGCACUAUGAUGGCCUCAGAAAUGUGAAUUUAAUUUUGUUAAAUAAACCCCCAGAGUUUCUCCUCUUGUCAUCAUUGGUUUAUAUUCGAGCAACAGAGAAAUAAAUAUAGACUGAUGCCAAAUUAAAUUGUUUUCCCUCCUGCCCAUGCUCCCCCAGAUGAAGGGCUUUUAUUUUGUAAAUUCUUGGUAUCCAAGGAAAUAGUUGAACUAUACUAGUUUCAGAGGUGUAUUUUUCCAGUGUUUAGCCCCAGGUAAAUAUUAUAUAUACAGAAUCUAUGCAAAAAUGUUUGUAUUUGUUUUUUCUAUGUCCUGGGUUAUUUUUAUACAAGCAUAACAAGCAUACAUUAUGUUGAAAUAAAAUGUAUCUUGUAGCCUUUGUAUUUUUCAUUUAUAUGUACUCAAAGGAUUUUUGCAGUUCUGUCCUUGAAUCUAAGAAAAUACUUCAUCAUUUGAAUUCUCAAUUUUUCUUUUUGGAUAUUCAAAUAAAACCUGGUUACAAGUCCGUAUUUCAGUUUAUAUAAAUUUAACAGUUCAAAGUGUAUCUGACUAUAUUUUUUGCCCUACCUCACUAAAAUCCAAAGUGCACUGUUGGAUCUAGUAUGGAUUUGAAUGUACAACUUAUAGAUGGCUUAGUCUUUUUUACUUGUUGAUUUGCCUAAUUUUCCUGCAAUAGUUUUUAAAAAUACUUUGGUGAGAAUAUUUUUCUGGGCUUGAAUUAUUUCUCUAUAAUGGCAAAUUACUUUAACCACUUGCUAAAGUAUUAUAUACCUGCCAGCAAAUUUUAAGUGUUAACUAAGCUCCCAAGUUUAAUUAAAGUUAUUGUUACAAGUAAAUUAUAUAACAUAACUAAAUGUAAUGGAAAUCCUCUAAUAAAAAUCUAUUCUGAAGAUAAGACAACUAUAAAAAAAUAUUAGGCAACUGGAUGUUUACUAAUGUUGGAUUAACAAUAGAAAUGUAGGGGCGCCUGGGUGGCGCAGUCGGUUAAGCGUCCGACUUCAGCCAG